AUGCUGGCUUUGUUUCCGGGUCAGAUGUCAGGGUAUUGUUUCCGGUUGUGCUCGUGAUGCUGCGUGCGGCACUGGGGAGUGCGCGGGUCCUCCUGCUCCCUGGGCGGGGGGGCUCAGGGGCCCAGCGAUGUCUCCGGUGGCGGCAGCCGCAGCAGCGGCGCGCGGUGUCGGAAGCCGCUGCCCAUCCCGGGGCGGUGGCCCUGCCUGUGCCCGGCUCCGCCGCGGAGCGGCUCGUGGGGCGCUGGCUCCUGGUGUGCAGCGGCGCGGUGGCCGGAGCUGUCGUGCUGGGGGGCGUGACCAGGCUGACAGAGUCUGGGCUCUCCAUGGUCGACUGGCACCUGGUGAGGGAGAUGAAGCCUCCACGGACACAGCAGGAAUGGGAGGCUGAGUUCCAAAAAUACCAGCAGUUUCCAGAAUUUAAAAUCCUGAAUCAUGACAUGACAUUGAGAGAGUUCAAGUUCAUCUGGUACAUGGAGUAUUCGCACCGAAUGUGGGGUCGGGUUGUAGGUUUGGCCUACGUUCUGCCUGCUGUCUACUUCUGGAGAAAAGGCUGGCUUAGCCACCCCAUGAAGGGGCGUGUCCUUGCCCUCUGUGGGCUUGUCUGCUUCCAGGGACUGCUAGGCUGGUACAUGGUGAAGAGUGGAUUGGAAGAGAAGCCGGAUUCUCAUGACAUCCCCCGAGUCAGUCAGUACCGUCUAGCAGCUCAUCUAGGCUCUGCACUAGUUCUGUACUGUGCCAGCCUGUGGAGUGGACUGUCCCUGCUGCUCCCACAACACAAAUUACCUGAAACCUAUCAGCUCCUCCGUCUGAGACGAUUUGCUCAUGGGACUACAGGUCUCAUCUUCCUCACUGCUCUCUCAGGUGCCUUUGUGGCCGGACUGGAUGCAGGCCUUGUGUACAACUCCUUCCCCAAGAUGGGGGAGCGCUGGAUCCCAGACGAUCUCCUCUCCUUCUCCCCAGUGCUGAAGAACAUCUUUGAGAAUCCCACUACUGUGCAGUUUAAUCACAGGAUAUUGGGGAUCACCUCAGUCACUGCCAUCACAGCACUCUAUCUGCUGUCUCGGAAGAUCCCCCUACCACGCAGGACCAAGAUUGCCGUGGCUUCUUUAAUGGCUGUGGCAUAUAUGCAGGUGGGUCUGGGCAUCAGCACCCUUCUACUGUAUGUCCCAACUCCUCUGGCUGCCACUCACCAGUCGGGAUCCCUGGCACUGCUCACGGUGGCUCUGUGGCUUAUGAAUGAACUACGUCGGGUCCCAAAAUAGGCUGGCUUCAACUGGGCUCUCCAAGGACGUCUAGUUCUUUCCCCACUGCACUGAUGUAGAUGCUCCAUCUGAUUGCUUUCCUCUGUGGUGACUUGCUGGGGUUCGAAAGGUCUCUGAGUGGGGAGUUCUGCAAGCCUGAAUUUAGACGGACCAGUAUUUGCCGCUUUGUUUACUGCGACAAAUUCUUGACUGUAAGAUCAUGUGCACUUUUGAUUGUAAACUUUGUAACGUAAAUUAAUUUGUUUAUUAA